GAUGAAAAACACGAUGAUGCUGGAGGAACUCAGCAGGCCAGGCAACAUCUGUGAAGAAAAGCAGGCAGUCAACGUUUCAGAAAUGCUGGCAGUCAGAAGAAUGUUAAAAAUGCGGACGCGAAAGUGGCUGGAUUAUGCUUGGAUAACUGUCGUUUUGUGUUUCGUGAAAGGUUCACAGCAGAGCGAGUACCAAAGGAAACUCUACAGAGAUCUGAUGAAAGGCUACAAUCGUUUGGAGCGUCCUGUACUGAACGACUCACAGUCUUUGGUUGUUGAGCUUGGAAUAACGUUUAUACAGAUAAUUGAUGUGGAUGAGAGAAAUCAGGUGUUGAUCUCAAAUGUUUGGCUGCAAAUGCAUUGGACAGACUGGUACUUAAGGUGGAAUAUAACCGAAUAUGGUGGUAUUCGAACAGUACGCUUUCCAUCAGAUCACGUGUGGGUCCCCGAUAUUCUCCUAUACAACAGUGCCGAUGAAAGGUUUGAUGCAACAUUUCACACCAAUGUUCUUGUAAGAUCAAAUGGAUAUAGUCAAUACAUCCCACCAGGUAUCCUGAAGAGCACCUGCUACAUUGAUGUCCGCUGGUUCCCCUUUGAUGUCCAGAGGUGCGAUUUAAAAUUUGGUUCCUGGACACAUGACGGUUGGCUAUUGGAUCUACAGAUGAUGGAAGCUGAUAUUUCUACUUAUAUACCCAAUGGAGAAUGGGACCUUGUUGGAGUACCUGGAAGAAGAAAUGAACUUCGCUAUGAGUGCUGCGAUGAACCCUAUCCAGACGUGACCUACACAGUGAUGAUGCGCAGGCGUACACUCUAUUAUGGACUAAACCUACUGAUUCCAUGUGUCCUAAUAUCUGGAUUGGCACUUCUGGUGUUCCUUUUGCCAGCAGAUUCAGGAGAGAAAAUUUCAUUAGGAAUCACUGUGCUGUUGUCUCUAACCGUAUUUAUGCUGCUUGUGGCUGAGAUAAUGCCAGCAACAUCUGACUCAGUCCCAUUGAUUGCUCAGUACUUUGCGAGCACAAUGUUCAUUGUGGGCCUGUCUGUUGUCGUCACUGUGCUGGUUCUUCAGUUUCAUCACCAUGACCCUCAUGCAGGAAAAAUGCCCAAGUGGGUGCGUGUGGUACUGUUGAACUGGUGUGCAUGGUUUCUCCGAAUGAAGAAACCUGGAGAAGGUAAGACUGGCAUGCCUUACAGGUACAAUCAGCAACAGCAAGACAUCGUCAGCAGCGUGGAGAUGAGCAGAAUACCCAGGCAACGCUCCAGCAAUGGCAACGUGAUCUACGUUGGUUAUCACACCGUGGAAAACCCGUGCUGCCCUCCCUGCAGUGACUCGGGUGUCAUGUGUGGUCGGAUCACUUGCUCACCCGCUGAGGACAAUGGCAUUGCACACAGUGGGCUUCUGGUUGGCAGUCCUCCUGAGAUGGGAAAGAUUCUGGAGGAGCUCCAGUUCAUUACCAGGCGUUUCAAGGACCAGGAUGAAGGGGAAGCCAUCUGCAGUGAAUGGAAGUUUGCUGCCGCAGUGGUUGACAGACUCUGCCUGGUAGCAUUUACUGUUUUUUCAAUAGUUUGUACAUUUGCCAUUUUGAUGUCAGCCCCUAAUUUCAUAGAAGCUGUUUCUAAAGAUUUUGCAUGAAACAUGAUUUGUAUCAGUGAGAUGAGUUUCUCAGCAAAUCUUUACAGGUCAACUACAGUGAAACUUUCAAAAAUGCUAAGCUGGGUGCCCCAUUACUGAACAACGUAUGUUAAGGAAAGUUGUUCCACAGAAAACACAACAUGUAUUGCUUUUAUUCCUAUCACUGU